GAGAGAGAGAGAGAGAGAGAGACUCGCACACUUACCCACGCUGAGGAAGACAGUCUGGGGUUGCUGCCACAUUCACACCAAACUACACACACACUCACAGAGACCGAAACCGCAACUUUUCUUUUAUCGGCAGCAUUCACAACACUGCUUCCACUGCUAAGAAACGAAAGAGAAAAAAAGAGAAAGAAAAAAAAAACUAAAGAAAACGGAAUAUGGAAAUAAUACUUAACUAGGAGGGAAUUAUUGAUAAUGUUCUAAGAAAGUACUCUAAACUAGAAAAAGCUUCUUUUUCGUGGGACUCUUCUUUCUUGGCAAGCGGGACAGAUGGUCUCGGAAAGAUUUUAUUUCUAGCCCACCUGAGUUGAAGCCCCGGGGUAUGUUUUGCUACAUCCACUGAGUUUCACUGUUGGUAGGGCUGGACGGGGUUAUUUCAUGGCAAACAAAGUGGACCAGGAACUAAGCCUGCCUGCUGUUAAGAACCCGAGAGAGGACUAUAGGGAGCUGAUAAAAGUUGCAAAUUUGAACUAUUGUGUCAGGAUCCAGAAACUCUGAUUCGUUUUGACAGUGACUAGGGGAAAUGGACAGCCAGCGCAUGACAUUUUGUAGGGAGAGCAGGCUGAAUUCAGACAAAGAUGCUACGGUUGGGAAGAUCUGUAAUUUAAACAGUUAAAUGAGUUAACAAAUGGAAGAAGCAGCUUGUGCAUUCAAACACAGCCUCCAGCCCACUGUAACAUCCAGAGGCUCUCCUGUGGACCGAGACACCACUUACUGACCAAACUCGGCCCAGAAGAUGACCGAGAUGGACUACAAAUACACUUUACUCAGCUCGGAUUCAGAGGACUGCCAGAAGAGGCCUUUCUUGUUCCAUGUGGAUAACAACAACCAGAUGAAUUUGUUUGCAGUUCUAGAAGUCAGGAGGGAUAACUAUCGAAGAUGGGGUGGGCUGUCUUGUUUCAGGAAAGCAAAAGUGUACAGCAUUGGGUUGGGGCUGACUGUGAUGUCUCUGGUGAUGGCUUCAUACAUACUCACUGGAGACAAGAAGGGUCUCUUGAUUACCCCUUCGCCAUACCAAUAUAGCACCUUAAAUAACCCAGGCUUAUUGAACAGUCACGAGACUGACUUGUCCUUCCCUUUCAAUCUGUCAACUGUAAGGGAUUCCACCAACAUGAAAUUAGUUAUAAAAACUAUAACAUCAAACAUAGAGUUUAGCACCAGGCAGCUGCCGGAUUUAAAGGACCUUAUAAAAUAUGAGCAACAUAUGUUUUCAGUCAUUCCAUCCACAUUCCUUCCAAAUGUUAAAAACCCAUGUUGGUAUGAAGAAUACACAGGGAAUAGCACUGCUGAUCCUUAUGGGACCAACUUAUAUGCACUUUAUUCAAAGCGUUUUCGAACAGUGUUUGAUUAUCUGAGAAAUGCUUUCCGGGAACACUUGUACCGUCAAGGAAACAAGUACUAUCGCUUUCGCUGUCUGCCAUACUUCUACAUUAUAGGGCAACCGAAAUGUGGAACCACAGACCUUUACGACAGGCUGAGAUUGCAUCCGGACGUUAGGUUUACCACUUUCAAAGAGCCACAUUGGUGGACCAGGAAACGGUUUGGUAUAAUUCGCUUGAGCGAGGGGUUCCAUGACAGGUACCCAGUGGAGGACUACCUGGAUCUGUUUGAUCUAGCAGCCUACCAGAUUCAGGAUCGCUCACAGCUCAAUGCAUCCAGAAGCCAGCACAAACGCAACAUCAUCAUUGGCGAGGCAAGUGCUUCUACAUUGUGGGAUAACAAUGCGUGGGCCUAUUUCUAUGAAAAUGCAACUGCCAAAGGGGAACCACCAUUUUUAAUCCAGGACUUUAUUCACGCUGUUCAGCCAAAUGCCAAGUUUAUAAUCAUGCUGAGAGACCCUGUGGAGAGGCUGUACUCGGAUUACCUUUACUUUGGGAUCGCCAACAAAUCGGCAGAUGAUUUCCAUGAGAAAGUGUCCGAGUCCCUGCAGCUGUUUGAAAGCUGCAUCUUGGAAUACUCAAUGAAAUCCUGUGUGUACAACACCACCCUCAACAACGCCAUGCCUGUGAGAUUGCAAGUUGGACUUUACAUUGUUUAUAUAUUGGACUGGCUGACCGUUUUUGACAGAAACCAAAUGUUAGUGCUUCGUCUGGAAGAUCAUGCCACCAAUUGUAAAUACACUAUGCACAAAGUAUUUGACUUUCUCAGCUUAGGGCCUCUGACCGAGCAAAAGGAGGCGGAAAUUACAAAAAGCCCAGCGUCAAAUACCAGAAGACAAGCGGACAAAAACCUGGGGCCAAUGUUACCUGUGACUAGGGAGAUUCUCAGAGACUUCUACACUCCUUUCAAUGCCAAACUCGCUCAAGAGUUUAAGAAUGACUCUUUCCUCUGGGAAAAAAAAUCAAAGUUCAUGUAAAAACAGUCUGUACAGAAAGCAAAUACCGAUCAUUUAAACAAAAACACAAAUUCUAAAAUCAUUAGUUUUGCGAUUUUAUUUGUUUUGUUUAUAACAUAACCCCAACCCAAACUGUGCUACAGGGAAUUGUUUGACUAUUAUUUCAGUUCUCUAAGUUGUACAGAAAUAAAGGCACAUGAGACUUAUCUGGGUUCAUUUACUGGAUCUGCCAUAUUUCAUAUAGCAAGUGAAGUUAAACCAGUUUUCUUUUUCUUUUUUUUUUUUUUUU